AUGGUACCAGACAGAAGACGACGAAAGAAGUUGAGUAGAGAUGAUGCCUUGCUUUCAGAGGCAGACGUGGUGAUGAUUGCCAGCCGUGAGUCCUCUAUGGUGGCUUCAGAUGGUGAAGAGCGGCAUGUCAAGAAGCACAGAAAGGCAGACCUGAAUGAUCUAUCGUCAAACAUCAUUUCGCUUGAUUCAGAGGACGAGAAUGGCCAAAUGAUGAUCAAACGUACAGAAGUAGCAGAAGUGAGUCAGAGGCCGCGCAAAGUGUCAGAAAUUGCCCGUCUUUUUCGCAAACCACAAACACUCUCGAGGAGUAACAGUCUGAUCGAUAAUUCUGUCACAUGGGUUGAAAAGUACUGUCCCAGUGAAUCUUCCCAAUUGUGCAUACACGAGAGAAAAAUAUCAGAGUUACGCACCCAGAUACAGGACAUGGUUUUUGACAGAACAAAUUCCAGGCUGUUGGUGCUUUCAGGCCCAAGCGGGUGUGGAAAAAGCGUUUCUGCCAAGAUCCUAUGCGAAGAGGUUAUGAACAGCAGGAGAAGACCACGCGGCGAAUUGGUGAUUGAAGGCUACGAUCAUGAAAACCGCCUGGAUAACGUGGUGCAGUAUAGAAAUUGGAUGACACAAACAUCUAGUGAAAUGUCAAGCGUAACUAGUUUUGGAGAAUUCCUGGAGAGUUGCAAGGUUUUAACAAUGAAUAACCUCAAAUGUGUGGUUGUGGAAGAGUUACCGAAUCUCCAUCAUGACGAUACGCUGAAAGCGUUCCGGAAAAGUAUUUUGGAAUGGCUUGAUCUCGAUGCAAAAAUAAAAUUACCUCCGCUGAUACUUUGUAUCACCGAAUAUGAGGUUGACCUUGAGAAUGGAACAGGUUCCUUCUCUCUCGAGUCAAAUUUCAAAACCGAGUUUGUUCUUGGGAGCAAGAUUAUUGGUAAAGAAGGCAAACAAUGGAGGAGGAUUAAAUUCAAUCCUGUGGCUAAACGGUACUUAAAACGGUGUUUGAAACGCAUAGCGGUCGCUGAGGAUACCUUGAUAUCUUCCAUCAAGCAAAUUCCCAGGCAGCUGGUGGAACAAAAGAUAGAGAAGCUGGGUGGCACUGGUGAUCUUCGAAACGCGACAAUAUUGUUUGAGUACUGGUGCAAGUACUGCUCAUCGUUGAAUGAUGAGUUUCUUGGUCGUGAGUCCGCCUUGAACGUAUUCCAUUCGAUUGGGAAAAUCAUCUACGGAACGCAGCACCCGGAAGAUGAGUAUGAGACCUAUAUCAAACGUGCCCACGAGUUUCGUUCGCUAGAGAGCUUGCAGUCAGACCUAAAACCACAGACCGACUACCUGACUGUGAUGAACGUCGUCACGGAAAUUUUACAAACGUCUUCGAUGUUUCAUCUUAACUUGCUUGAGAAUUACUUGUCGAUUGCCUCUCGUUUGAACGAGUCGCUAGCAAGACUCAGUGAUACGCUCUCGAUUUCCGAUGAUCUGCAGUGCAAGUCAUACUUCAGCUACUCUUUCAGUGGAGGUUCCCUUAUGAACGAGAUUGCCACCACGAUAGCAUGUCUAGGGACACGAAUGGAAUGCAAAAACAUAAAGGCGGACUCCAACAAGUCUGGUUCUUUCCUUAGCAUGCGAUAUUCCAGGGAUGGUAAAUAUAAGAAGAAGCUGCGUCGCAUUCUGCAAGAGACGGCUGACUUCGCUGCCAGGAGAGCGACCAGACUCAUACCACAGGGCAGAUACACUUAUCUCAGCGCUUUCGAACUGGUUUCGUGUGACGGGUUCUACGAGUGCGCGAUUUUGAACUCGAAAAGGCUGCUGAAGAAAAGCGAGCAGUCAGGCAUCCGUCGUGGGAUGAACAUAAGGAGACUGGGAGGAGACUUCAAAAACUUAAUGAUGGCAGACACAGAAUUCAAGGUAGACGACGACGAAGAGGUCGACAUGCCAGUGGCAAGCAAAACAAGAUCGCAGCUGGAGGAGCUGUACUUUGGGACCGGGGCCCUUGCCCAAGCCGAUGAUUCGGACACAGAGUUCGACACCGAUCCAAUUGUGAAUUCCGAUCAGGAAAACAUGUCUGCAGACGAAUUUAGUGACGACUCGCUUGUUUUACAAUUAUAA